ACAGUCGUUGACGGGGCAGAAUCUCUACAAUGCGCGGGAGACCUUCGCCGAGUGCGGUGGUUCCACUGCUGGCGUCCUGGUGCCUCCUCGCCACUGCAGUGGCGAAGCCAGAUUCGCGUUAUGAUCUGAAGAAGGACAUCAUCUUCGAAAUUACUUACCCCGAGAGUCUGAGGUACACGUUUCGGGCCAGGCCGGCGCUCGAGUUUGGUACGCCGUUCGUGAACAAGUUAUCGCACGUGGGCCUGGUGGUGUCCGAGCCGCUGCACGGAUGCGACAACCUCAUCAACCGUCUCGAGAUCCGGAACAACGUGGUGUUCGUCCAGCGCGGCGUCUGUUCGUUUCUCACCAAGUGCGUGGAGGUGCAGCGCAACGGAGGGCUGGCCGUCAUCGUGGCAGGCAGCGAUCUGGGCAACGGCUUCGGUUACGUGGAAAUGACGAACGACGGCACGCGGCGCAACUGCAGCAUACCUGCGGCAUUCCUGCUGGGCAGGGACGGCUACAUGAUCCGCGAGGGCCUCCGGUUGCUCGGCCUUCGACGCGCGAUUGUCAACGUCCCGCUCAACUUUAGCGACGGGACAGUGGUUCACCGGCUCCGUCAGCCGCCGUGGCUUGAUUGGGAGCCUGAGUGGUGGAAAGUUAUUCUUGACGUCCUGCAAGGCAAGUAUUAGCGCGCGGCGGACAACUCCCACGUCGGGACAGUCAGACCAAGCCGGUGUCCGCUGG